AGAAGUAGUAGUUUGUGCCUUAGAAACACACUUUAGAAAAAACAGAGAGUAAAAAAUGGGUAAGGGAGGCCAAUCCUGCAAUGGCGUGGUUAGAGACGCCAAACCUGUUGAGCAGGAAAACAUGGCUGUCUGGCUAGUUGAUGUUAACACCAUCAAGAUCCUACCUUUCAAGCUCCCCGCUAUUGGACCGAAUGAUGUUCGAAUUCGGAUUAAGGCUGUUGGCAUUUGCGGAAGUGAUAUUCACUACCUCAAGACCAUGAAAUGUGGGGAUUUUCAGGUUAAGGAUCCGAUGGUGAUCGGACAUGAGUGUGCUGGGAUCGUAGACAAAGUUGGGAGCGAGGUGAAGCAUCUGGUGCCUGGUGACCGUGUGGCUGUUGAGCCCGGCAUCAGCUGCGCACAUUGCCAGCAGUGCAAAGGCGGCCGCUACAAUCUAUGCCCUGACAUGAAGUUUUUCGCCACCCCACCUGUUCAUGGUUCAUUGGCGAAUCAGAUUGUGCACCCCGCGGAUCUGUGCUUUAAAUUGCCGGAAAAUGUGAGCUUGGAAGAAGGGGCAAUGUGUGAGCCCUUGAGUGUUGGGGUUCACGCUUGUCGGCGAGCCAAUGUUGGUCCCGAAACAACUGUUCUGAUCGUCGGCGCAGGGCCGAUCGGGCUGGUUUCCGUGCUGGCUGCUCGUGCUUUCGGAGCACCAAGAAUUGUCAUCGUAGAUAUGGAUGACAGGCGUUUAGCCAUGGCAAAGUCUCUCGGCGCCGAUGGCACGGUCAAAGUUUCGACAAAAAUGGAGGAUUUAGAUGACGAAGUUGCCAAGAUUAAAGAAGCUAUGGGAUCCGAAGUUGAUGUGACCUUCGACUGUGUUGGCUUCAACAAAACCAUGUCUACGGGCCUCAAUGCCACUCGUCCUGGCGGCAAAGUUUGCCUUGUCGGAAUGGGACACGGGGUGAUGACGGUCCCUCUCACUCCGGCUGCUGCCAGGGAGGUUGACGUGGUUGGAGUUUUUCGUUACAAGAACACAUGGCCGCUUUGCCUAGAGUUUUUGAGAAGCGGGAAGAUCGACGUGAAGCCGCUUAUUACCCACCGGUUUGGUUUUACCGAGAAGGAGGUGGAAGAAGCUUUUGCAACCAGUGCUCGGGGGGGCAACGCCAUUAAAGUCAUGUUUACUCUAUAGCAAAUCAACCAUGAAGUUGCAGAAUUUCGGAUUGUUUGAGGGGGCAAGUUUGUGAUGGUUUGGAAAUUUGGAAGUCAUCAUCUCGGAUGAAGAAUGUUCUUGUUCUAAAGUUCGUGGAAACUUGUUGUACAGGGACCAUUGUAUACCUUUAUUAGAUCUCGGCAUGCACCAGUGUAGUAGCUUCCCGUAUUUUUAACAUGAGUCCGUCAAUAUAUAUGAACUAUGUAUGUAACUAAAAGUUCUUCAAUAUAAGUCUUUUUUUCCGCUG